ACAAUACACACACACAGACAAACUCUUGUACUUCAUCUUUCAUCUUCUCUCUCUCUCUCUUCUCCUGUUCAAUCUCAUCAAUCAAGUUUUGAAAAUAAAUCAAAUUUAAUUAUCAAUUAUUCACCAUAAUGGAGAGGAAAGGACCGAGUUUAACACUGUUCCCUCUCCCACGUUGGUAAGAGAAAGGUUGUCAACUUUGAUUGCAAAGUUUGUUCGAGACGAGUGACGAGGGAAAGCUUUUCUUUUUGGAAAUUAAUAAAAUAAACAAUCAGAAAUUGAGUAAGUUGGUCAAUUAGCUACAUUGCCGACAACAAACAAGGUGGUUUAACGACAUGGUGGAAAUUGGAGGGCGACGAUGGGAAGACGGUUGAUGAACACAACGUCAAACCUCGUCCAGGAAUAGUUAAUUUGUAAAUAAAUUGAAGAAAAGCCACAUUCUUUAAAUAGAAGUAAAAAGAGAGUUCAAUCAAUCCGGACAGAAUCGUCUAUAUUGAAGGUGUAUCAUCAUUUUGACGGAUGUUAAAACAAAUAAAGACCAACAACCUGGUCAAAAUCGUAGUCGAUGAGAAAAAAAUGGAGGGAAGCACUAGAGUCAAUAAUAAGGCGAACAAUGUACAGCCGCAACAAGAUAAUGGAUCAAACAAGGUUUUAUCUGUCGGGGAUAGAGUUGAAGCAAUUUGGAGCUCGGACGGACAGAAAUAUCCAGGACGAAUUGUCCACGCGUUUCCAAAUGAUUCAUAUGAAGUGCUAUUCGACGAUGGAGUCAAGUCACGUAGAAAAAAUUAUCAAAUUUUUAAACUCAACUCUUCAUCUCAACCCCAAACGACAGAUUCUCCUCUUCCACCUCCACCCCCUCUCCUACCAAAAGGUCGGCAGACUCGAUUUGUUGGAAGAAAUAAUGCGGCACAUAACAAAACGACGCCAGUCAAAUCAUCUCUAUCAAGGCAAUCUUCCACAACUUCAGUGAUUCCUCCACCUCCCCCACUCCGGCUUGGAAUUGUUAAUUCAAAUAAGAACAGCAUAGAAUUGAUAGAAUCAUUAAAAGAAGAUGAAACCUCAUCUCCAACUGAUGUAACGUUAUCAGGAUCCAAUUCCUCUCCCUCUACUACCACCAACACGACAAGCACGGCCCCAGCCCUCACCACAAAAUCCUCUGUGUCAUCAAAAGCUAAAAUAAAACACGGAGCGACGGGGAGACCACCCACAUUGAUACCCAAGCCGGCCAAACCUUCCAACGCGAAUUCCUCUCCUAAAAAUGAAAGUCCUCUCAAGAGGAAUAAAGUCACGAGUGCUGGUGAUGAUAAUGCCAGCAUGUUAUUAUCAUCUAUAAAUUCAACUACGACGAUUGACGACGGCGUGGGCAAUGAAGUUGUUUUAAUCAAUACCAACGGAAAUGCAAGUACUAGUAGUAGUCCUUUAACUAUCACUACAAACCGUAACAGUGAUGAAAGUCUUGUUAAUAGUGAUGCUAAAAGUUUAGAACAUAUUGCACAUUCUUUAAAUUCUCCAUCAUCCACUGAUUCUAAUUCAAGUACAAAGAAAGGAUUCGUAUAUGUUCAACAACCCCACUAUUCAGUCUUUGACCCACCCCCUGUCGACCUGGGGAAGCGGCAAAGGAGGGUCCACAACUAUUCCAUGCUGGCAAAAGGUCCUUCAUUGAAGAAAGGAUUUGCUACGAAUGGACUGGAAGAAUUGAUUGAUGGAGAAUUUAUUACCCCAACUUCGACUCCCUCCUCCUCCAAGCCAAACUCUAGAAGUUCUUCGCCUAGUAUCUUUAUCUCUUCGUCGUUAAUUAAUAAUGUUAAUUGUACCGCAACCUCAACAUCACCACUACUUCCUGGAGCAACGCCAACAGCAACUGGUACCAAAGGCACAUUGUUCUCUACCAAGCAAUCAGUUGCACCACAUGUCAAAGUAUCCUCAUUACCAACCCCUGAAGGAGGCUCCCGAUUCGUGAGAAAGAGACGCUUUCUUAAAUCUCCCACAAAGUCGACAGAUAAAUCACCAGUUCCUAAAAGUGACAGCAGUUUUGAUUUGUCAAACUUGAAUCCUUUUGAUGACACAGAUACUUUAUUAAUUGGAAGUAGUGAAACAGCAGCAACAACGACAUCACCGACAACACUCAAUUGUGAAAGUGUAGCACCACCUCCUGCUGAAGCUGAAAAAACUACUCUGACGACAUCCGCGACGACCCCAAACGCACCAUCACCAACGACGCCAAAUAUUGUAGAAUCUUCUGAUACGACUACCCCACCCGUUAUUAAGAGGAGGAGGAGGAGGAAUUUACAUUUGAUCAGUACACCAGAAUUCCUAACUCCGCUACCACCAUCGGCGGGAGACUCGGACGGAGAUGCAGUUCCAUCGAAGCGAUUGAGGAAGCCUUCCUUUAGAUUUAGCGCAGAGGAAGGAUAUGUCAAUGUUUUCGCGCAACAAAGAAGAACAAGACGAUCGUCGCCAUUAUCUACGACGCCACUAAAAACGAAAGUCGAUGAAACUGCUACUAAAGAGAAAUCCCCCGCACCUCAAACCCCAACAGCACCAUCACCAACAUCUUCAACUACCUCGCUUUCAAAAUCUCACGGAAGAAAAUCCAGAAAAGGGCUUGGCCAUCCUGAACCUUCACCUGCUUCCUUACUACCUCUUCCUCCUCCCAUAGUUGAUGCUGCAAAAUCCAGCAGGAGUCCGAAAAAGGUGUCACAAAAACAAGACGAAAUCUCAGAAGAGGAAGAACUUUUAGAUAUUGGAGAGUACACGAUCCCACAAUCUUCUCCAUCGCCAUCCAAACAACAACGGGUAAACAGCAAGUCGCCAACUAAAAGACCUACCAGGCACACGGCCUCUCCAACAUUAUCGGAUAAAAUAGUGCCAUCAGAACUCCGUGUUGAAUCUCCUUUGACAGCAGAAACAAAAUCCACGGCCGACACUAGUACCACCGAAACCUUGAAUAAUAAUCUAGUCCAUUCUCCUCCUCCUCGACCAUUAAGACAAACUUCUAGGGGACGGAUAGUGAGACCGCCUCCUCUGAAAUCGGACACUGCUGUCAAAGAAGCCUCCGUCGUACUCGACCGUCUCCAGGCUAUUCCAAAAGUUCAAAUUCUCGUUGAAAAAUGUGAUAGUGCGAUUCCAGCAAACCAGUCCAGCAUUGGGAAGAAACUUGGGGAGAAGCCAGCAUCCAUUAAUUCUUCCUCCUCCUCUUUUCGUAAACUACAAGACAAUGACGAUGACAUUGUUGUUGUUGAUAUUGAUGACGGAAGGGAAGCUGACAUUCCUCGUUCAACAACUUCAAAGUUCGCUCGUAGUAGGAAAUGGAAAAACAAGAAACGUUGGACCAAGGGACGUGGGCUUCUUCCUGGUAUCAGGUCAGGAAUGAGAGUAAGUGAUUCACAUGCGAUGCAUCUGCUCAAGAGGUCACGACUGCAGAGAAGAUUUGAUAACCGGGGACGUCCAAAGAUCGUUUUACUCAAAGGAAUUACAAAGAAAAGAUUCAAAAAGAUCAUUGAAUCCAUCAAGAGAAGGAAGAUAAAAAGGAAGAAAAUCUCUGUUCUGACCAAAUUUAAGGAUGUGCGUGUCGAUAUUAUUAAUUGUGUUUGUGGAAGAACUGAUGAGUUUGGUUUGAUGGUUCAGUGCGAAGUAUGCAUGUGUUGGCAGCAUGGAAAUUGUUUCGGUUAUUUCGAUGACUCAAAACUCCCAAGGUUUUAUGUUUGUCAAUCUUGUGCAAAUCCAAAACGUGUCCGUCCAUCGUACCAUACCGAAGGAGUGCGACAAGAGACUUAUAAAAAGGGAAUUUUGCCAACAUUCCAAUUUGCACCGAAAACAUCACUCAAACAGCAGCGGAUAUUUAAACGAUGCAACGAUCUCACCAAAAUGAUAAGUGGAAUCGAGAAUGCUAUCCGGCAAAAUCGACUCAAAGAACUUAUCGCCACAUCCGAACCCGAGCAUAAAAAAUUGUACCAAUGGAGUGCUCCCAGAACUCACCCGAAAGAUUUAAUUCAAAAGUGGCAGUUUCGUAAAUAUUAUAAGGCAGUCGUACGCCGCCUUAUAAUCAGACACAAGGGAAAGCCCGACUACAUGGAAAAGCUUAAUAAUACGAUCGCAUUCCGAGAAAAACUGAAAAAGUACUCGCAAGCAUUUGACGAAGCCAAGUUAGCAAUCAGUCGCAAAAUUGGAUCCCGUGGCCUAAUAUUGGUAGAAAAGCUAUCCGAACAGGAAUCUAAACUUAAUAAAAUACAUAAAGUCAAGGACAAAUUGGAUUCUGAGCUUUCAAUGAUACCCGAAGCUAUGAGGACAUCUCUCUUGUCUCAAGUUAUGACUAAUCAACACAAAUCUCUGCUAACCACUGCGAGUGGAUUUAGUCUUUCUAUGACCCCUUCAACUUCCACCCCAAGCAGUGAAAGUAGUGACCCGUUGGCUUCUGCUCCUACUACAAUUGCAACACCUUCUAUGAUUCAAGAAUUCCUUUCCCAGUUUGAUGGACUAAUAGAUUCAGACGAUUCGGACGAUGAUGUACUUCAAGAAAGUGUGAAAAAUGCAUUUUUAAGCGCUGGAGAAGAAAAUUUUGUCAAAGAUAAAGUGGACGACGAUACUAUUGGUGCAAGUAGUAGUACUACGGCCGAACAACAACCUGAAAAUCUUGACGACUCCAACAAGUCAGAACUAGACACGAGUCUAACAAUCACAAAUAAUGAAAAUGCAGACGUCAUUGAAGAUAUUAUUCGAUUCAACUUGGAACAACUGAGAGAUCAUAACAUUCCCAUCUUGGAGGAUGACGAUAGCGAUAAUUGGAUGGAAAUGAAAAGGACUUCCAUUUCUUCCACAUCUGCUGACAGUGACAUGAUUAAGCUUACACUGCCAAAAACUAGCAAAAAGGCAGCCUCGACAACACAGAGUUUAGGAACAGAAUCGUCAUUAUCCGUUCUUGCCAAUGUGGACGUUGAGAGUGAGAGUGAAGCUACCCUUUCAGGAGAUACAACUGUUUCUGUCGAGGAUAGUGAGGGCGGAGAAGAGUAUUGGUACAAUCCCAUAAGUCAUCUCAAUUGUGAACAUGAUGCGAUGCGGAAACUCCUUCUUCACGACCCUUUGAUUGAGUAUGACAAGAAGACGGAUGGCUUGUGGAGAUCUCGAGAACUUCAAACUUUGAAGCGUGAUUGGAUCGACGAGCUUGAUUUUUAUCUGAAUGGUGAUCUCGGCCUCGGUCUGGACUCAAUUUCUGAUUCGGAUUCUUCAUUAUCACCAUCCGACGAUGAAGACGAUUGUCCAGAACUUGCCUCCGACUCAACAGAUGAAAGUGAAUCGGAUGACGUUCCUACUGCUGUAGAAAAUGGAAAGGAAAUGGCUGAAGGGACGAAACAAAAAUCCUUGCGUUAUUGGCAAAAAGAAGUCUUAGAACUUGGGAAUAGGUCUCCACGCGAAGAGGAAGAUGAUGAAGAGGAGGAUGAAGAAUGGAAAGCUGAUGAGGAUUAUUUGGAAUCAGAUAAUGUCAUGUCAGAUCCUGAAGAAGUUGACAUGUCCUCUCCUACUCCGAACAGUUCUAGUACUAUAAAGAGACAAUUUUCCUCAACCUUAACAAGUGAGACCAUUACUCCUCCAGAAGUUAGUGACAUGAUGUUUGUUACCAGCAGUGAUUCAACAGACACUUUGGCUGGGGUCGGAGAUGUUAUUGAUGUUCGUGUCAGAGUCGAAAACAAGCCUGUCAUAAGCAAAGCCAUCAUUCUUGGUGGAAUCAGAGGGGAAAAUUUUGUUAAACUGAUAAGCACUGAAGGAGUGGAAAAGGAUCAGCAGAGUUUAACAAUGUCCAAUUUCGGAAAUAUGCCAAUCUCGCAGUCGCUUCUAUGUAAAUCGUGUCAAGAGUCUGUAGGCGUAAAGUGGAAUUGGAAACAACUAAAUUCUGCAAAAGGAGUCAACAUCGUUUUGGAGGAUACGGUACAAGUUUUAUCCACAGAAAUUAACCGUUGCAAGCAGCUCGCGCUUAAUACCUUGGAUGCUAAAGCUUCUCUAAAUCUUGGUCAUAUUUCCGACUUCAAACCUUACCUCAGAGACGAGAUGCAGAUGACGUCCGAACACAAAUUCUUGCCCCCUUUUCCCAGGUCAUCUACAUCCAUGCUUUAUGAACCAAGGAAGCUGACAGAAUUGUGUCGUGACGUGUUGAGCAAACCAAGAACUCGUACAAAUCGAAAAGUCACGAAUCACUUGUCCAACAAAUCCAGCAACAAUAAUACUGCUGCUUCUGCCGAAGAAGAAUCCAUCCUCACUCUGCUCUCCCUAAGUAAAGCUCCUGUAGACUCCAACGGUGAGAAUGUGAGUGAACUCAGCAUCGAAUCUCUGAGAAAGUUGACAGAUCGUCUCCAACACAACGGACCUCUGAGCGAAGACUUGGCCAAAGCAGUGACCGGCCUACCUCUUACAAAUGGCAAAAUUGGUUUACAAAAACUAGACAAGUUAUCGUCACAAGUAAAUACGUUGUCGUCACCAUCUUCAUCCCUCUUGCCCUCAACUACAGAACCAAUUUGCACCCGUUGCAAUUUACAACACGACAAUGCUCAAAAGUUAUACAUUCUCAUCACUCAGAAUCCAUCUCUUGUAAAUUGUGAAGAAAACAAGCAAAAGUUGCAACUCUGGUGUAGCAGAAUUUCUAAAGCCAUAGAAGAUCUCCGCCUAGCGACGCAUGCCAUGAGGAGCAUUCUCUACUUCAAAGUGCAAGUCAUCGCGCAGAGAAAGAGAGCAGAAAAAACAGCGAGGGAUCUGGGCGUCAAAAUCACUCCGGACAGUAUGAAAAAACGACUCCAAAUCUUAAAGCCUGACCACUACCUGACUAAACUGAAGGCAGAAUUUGUCGACGCUCUCAUGCCCUACGCGACCUACUUUAUCAGCCGUUUUACCAAAAAGGAUGAACUUUCCGCGGCCAAGAAAUCUUGGAUUGGAGGCAUGAUUCAAAAUUAUAAUAAUGUCAAGAAAACUCUGAAAUGUAUGUACUCUGUUGAAAAUGAGGAUGGUCGCCUUCAGUCGGAAGAUAAGUUUUACGCAUCACUGGACAAUUUAAGGAAAUCUUUUGAUAUCGUACUCACCAAGAAAGAUAUCAAGAUGAGAAGACAAAAUCAAUCCUUUAGCCAAUCCGAUAGUACCCAACAAGGUGAAAGUGGUGGUGGAGAAAACCAAGAUGCUCCAAAAUCUGAACAAAUGGAAAAGUCGGCAGAACCAGAGCUGGAACAAGUUAUUAACGCUAAUAAUAACAUGGAUGUGGAUGCCGACACGACCACCCCUCUAGUCAAUGGUCUCAAUAAUGAUGAUGAAAUUACCACCGCAAUCCUUGAAGAAACUACUGCCCCUGAAGUGAAAAUUGGAGAUGAUAACCCAGAGAAUAAACCGAGUCCAGAAUUAUCUUCAACAACAACUCAGGACGACAAUGGGACGUCAUCUCCUCCUCCUCCUUCCUCACUACCAGAAAUAUCAACAACAAAAGACGAAGAGCAAACUACAACUAAUAACGAAGAGCAAACUACUACAACUAAUAACGAUCUUCAACCAGUGGUAGUGGAACAAGAACCUUCAGUUGAUCAGAAUAAUAUGGCCGAGCAAGUCGACGCGGCAACCGCUCGGCAACUACAAGAAUAUGAAAUUUUGACGCGUUUAGCCAACUAUCCGAUUCAAGUUGAAGAUGUCAAUGCGUUACUUGGAAUUGCUAACGAGGUGGCUGAAUCCGCAGCAGUAUCGACGAAUAACACCGAAUGCCCCGUCCCACCAUCAUCAGUGGCAGAACAAACAACUGACCCUCAACAACAACAACAAAUUUCUAGCAACAAUAAUACCGUGACAGAACAACCAAUGGAGCUGGACGAUUUCGGCACUUGUCUCGAAAACUUGUCAUCAUCCGGAGGGAAUUUGGUGGGGGAUUUGGACUUGAUUAACACGAUUGGCUCUUUGGGUGCAACUGGAGGCCUCAACAAUGGCGGGACAGCAGAAGAGUCCGAUCUGCUCCUUAAUGUUUUUGACGACCCAAUUUUCUCUGAUCCACCAGAAGAACCAGUUCCAUGUUCUAGUCGAAGUAUUACCAAUACAAAACAGACCCAACCAUUACCACCACAGUCAAUGGCACCAUCCCUUGCAAAACUAACUCCAGAAAUGUGCAAAGGAUUCUUACUAGAUGACAUAAAAGCGCACCAACAAGUUAUAGAUUCUCAAUUGGAUAAAGUAGACGGAGAAAUUAUGGAACUUGAGAGACGAAGAGGCAACGGACUAAAAGACAAAGACGAUCACAAACUGUUUGAAUUUCUCUACGCCAACAUGCAAAUUCUGUUAGAAAAUGCAGAGGUCCUCAAAGAAUUAACGAAUAACUGUGCGGGAUUGGACAAUGCAAAAGUGCGCCCUGAUGACAUGGAACUGGACGACGGUUUCGACAUGGACGCAGUAAUACGUGAAAAUAGCAUGAGGCGAGAUGCUGCUUACGAAUUUUCAGAUAAUAUCUCAUCGGAGUCAGAGGAAGAAAAAGAAACAGAUAAUAAUGUGUAUGGUUUAAAAUCGUAGCGACAAUUCUUAAUGGAACAUUAUAUGUAAUGUGUCCCCUACCCGCUCUCUUGUAUUCGCUGUAUUAGUUGAAAAUAUUUAUGUGAUUAUUUCCUUUCUGGAUUUUAUUUACUGAACAAUUGUUUUGUUAAAUUUACUACGUUGUCCCUAUCUUAUAGCAAAAAAUUCAGAAUUGCAGACUUCUCAAGCGUUGUAACGGAAUUAAGGAGCCCAAAACGCCAUAAUGUAUAAUGGCCUAGCUAAGUAAAGUAAGACUAACUACAGAAAGUAUUUAUAUUGCAUUUAUCAUGGAUUUUUUUUAUCAUAUUUACAAUUUAGCGCACACAACACACCCACUUUGACUACUUUUGUAAACAAUCUCUCACUAUUAUUUGCCAUUUUGCAGAAUAAUUUUUAUAUUCUCUUCUUGAUUAAUCUUUUUUUGUGAGCUUCCUCUCAAACCAACCACUCUUUUGAUGAUUAUCGUUAUCAUCAUCAGGCAUGUAAAAAUAAAAUUAUUAUUCAAAAGAAAGACCCGAAUUUGUGUACCGUCAGUCAGUCCGAUUUGGUCUUGCUCUUGAUGAGACUGAAUUUUAAAAUGCAUAAAACGAUUUGCAUAUUCAAUAUUUUGUGUGUGGUAUAAGAAUUAUGUGAGUGAAAGGGUGCCUGAGUGAUGAGCCUGUAUGUAUUUAGAAUGAUGUACAUUUAUAGAUAGAUUAUUGAUCCAGUCAUAAUAUACACAAAUUUAUAUCAACUGGUAAAAUUUCGGGGAAAAUAAAAUGAUGGUGAUGAUAUCUACGUUUUGACCGUGUAGUAAAGUAGUAGUUUUUUAGUAAUGCUAAUGUAUGGUACGGUCAGUCAGUUAAAAAGAAAAAAAAGUUGCUACUUUGUAAUUUCAAGAUAAGAAAAAAUAAGAAACAAUUAUGUACCUUGUCUUUGAUGAAUUGAUUGACAACUCCAAGUUUCUGAUCGUACUCCUCCUUCUCCUCAAACAGUAGCAGUGAUUUUAACUCCGAAAUCUUCAAGUUGAUGAUAACGAAAACUUCCGUCGUGGUGAAGAAGAAAUAUUGACUCCACUUUUAAUUAUGUAUGUCCAAACUCUUCCUUCCCCUCAUUCACUUCACUAACCACAUAUUUUAUAUAUAUCUUUCGAGAUACAAAUUAUUACUUUCUUCGUAUUGUUUCUUGUAGCCAGUUGUUAGCAUAAUAUUAAUAAUAGUAGUACGAUUCCACUAGUGACGAGGACAUAAUUAUUUACAAGUUUCUUGUUAAAUAUUUGUAAGUUAAAUUAUAUUUAACUCAUGAUAAAGCUAUGAUUUAGCCUGAUCGAGCAGAAUUUAACUUUAUAUAAAAAUGAUGAAUAUAUUAAAUCUGUAUUUUGUACUGGAUAUUUAGAUAGAAGAAGAUGAUAAACUUGUUGUUGUUAACUAAAAUUUGGUCAACGGAUUCUCCGAAAUAUUAAAUCUACGACACUAUCACCAAAAAAGUGCUACUAAUAAAAAUACAUACUUUUAUCAAA